CGGGUGGUGGAACGCCUACGUCGAGGUCAUCUUUUGUUUGGUGUGCAUGGUGUUUCAUUGGGCGGAGGCAGCCCCGGAAGCUGAAGGGGGUGAGGUCCCGGACGAUGAGGUGGAACUGUUGAUCGUGCAAGCUUGGCGAACGAGUACGAAGGAAGAAUUGUUGGGGAUACUAUUUGGCAAGGUGGAGGAAGGACAUCUCGAAGCAAUCACGGACGAGUUGCUGGUGUUUUUGGCGCAGCUGGUGGACGAUUUACCUCUCGACAUCCUGUCGAGGUGUGACGGAAAGUUGGGGACCGACGUGCUCGCUUGCGCGCUUGCACCACAUCUUUUGUGGUCCACAUGCACGGAGCUGGACAGGGAUAACUGCUUUUACCCAUCCCCGAGUCUCUAUCUCGACAUUGACGUCACCGAUCUCACACUGUGGGACCCUUUUGUCUGGCGAGGAAACGCACUAGAGGCCGAUGACGAAGAAGAAGAAGAAGAGUCAGGGGAAGAAGAAUCGGGCACCGAUCGAGACAAUCCUGACUACAUUGGGUCAGAGGAGGAGGAAGAGGAAAGUGGAUCGGGAGAGUCGAGUAGCCGUCCCCCGCGAAGCAAAGAGGAGGAAGAAGCUGAAGCGCAGCGGGGGGGGGAGAAAGCAGAAGGCAAACGGCCAGUCGAAGAGUCUGAAAGGCCGCCACCACAGCUACUGCUAGGCGAUCCGUCUCUGAAUGCGAAGCCGCCGCGCGAAGAAUCUGAUGGAGCCGCGGCAAAGGGAUCAGGAAGUUGACGCCGCCGAAGGAGUGAAUCCCCGAC